AUUCCAGUUUCAUCGUUUCAUGUUCCUAUUUAAUCCCAGAUUGAGAGUGUAAAAGUAUCGCCUAUUUUUCCACGAUAAUUUAUUGAGCAAUAUAUAGAAAAUAAUAAAUCUGUGACGAUAAUUAAAUCCUUUAAAAUGGCUGAUUCGUCCUAUGAAAAAGGACUCUCUGAAUUAUCAAAGAUGAAGGUUGCUGAUUUAAAGGCUGAACUUAAGCAACGUAAUUUACCUACUUCUGGAAAUAAAAAUGAAUUGGUGGAAAGACUCCAAUUGGCCAUGCAUGGGGAUUCUAUUUCUUUAGAUUCAACAUUAUCACUCGACGAAACAACCGAAGAAAUAUUGGAUGAAGAAAUAUUGGGUGAUGAGGAAAUCGAAGAGCUCUCCAAUAAACCAGAUUCUCAAGAAACAACCGAUAAACGAAAAUUGUCAACAGACAGCAAUAGUAAUGGUGCUUCUAAUGGUAAAAAAAUUGUCUUAAAUCGCAAAACUGUCAUAGAAGAUAUCAAAGUCGAGGAAAAAUUAGACAAAGAAAAGGAAACACCAAAAGCAACCGAAGAUACAGUAGCGGAAAAGAAAGUUAUUAAAUUGUCCGAACUCAGCAUGCAAGAAAGAUUGGAAAUGAGAAAGAGAAAAUUUGGAAUGCCUGUUUCUGAAACGGCGAAAAAAUUAGCAAGAGCCGCAAGGUUUAAUAUGAGUGAUAGCAAUAGUUCAUCAGGGGCAUUAAUCAAAGGACCAGAAAAUACAUCGUACGAAACGUUGAAGAAGCGAAAAGAAAGGUUCGGAUGCUCGGUUUCCAGCGUUAUGGAAAAGGCCGAACUUCAAGAAAGGAUAGAGAAACGAAAAGCAAGAUUUGGCGAAGUGAAACCAAUUGAUAAAGUUUUUGCUAAUAAAAUUAAGAUAGUAAAAUGAUAUUCAAUUUUAUAUACCAAAAUGCCAAUUUAGAAUCCACAUAGGUGAUUUCAUUUAAUUUUAAUAUAAAUUUCUACUUAAAGAAAAUCUUAAUCUUAAUUAUAAGAUGAAAUCAAAAUUUCAUUAAAAAUUAAGUUUAAUAUUAAUAAAAUAUAAGUUUAUUCUAAUAAGUCUUUUCUUUUUACCAUCUCAUUUAUUAUUUUACAAAAUUAUUUUAUUUUCCUCUAUCACCUAUGUUGGAAUUCUAAUAAAAAAAAACAAAUAUCACUUAUAUGACUAUACAUAAAUACGCUUGAUAAUGUAUUGUGUGACUAUCAAGAGCUUUGACGAGUGUAUAGAAAUUUUUAUAAAUAAGUUUUUUUUUA